UAUUUUGCUAUUGUGGUUUACGUCAUUCGUAUUCUUAAAUGGCACUAAAUUAAAUGAAAAAAAAUUAUCAACCUACCAAAUUCGUGCUUUUCGAGAGAGUUGAGUUUUUGAUAAGAACAGUUCAUUUUAUGCGUUAAAUGAUGCUGGCAUAUACAUCUUAGCUUCAGUCUGCUUUCGAACACACGACGGAAAAUUUCAAAAUGCGAAUUAAUUACGUAAUUAUUCUAACAUUUUUGCUACUCUUUGGGUGUGUAACAGCACAGAACAGAUCCAAUUCAAGCGAUGAUUACUUUGAACAGCAGGAAGAUGGCUCAUUUAAUCAAUGCGAUGCUUAUUGUUUCAAUAUUAUGAAGACUUUUCUGCGGAUCUAUGGGGAUGCGAUUCAGUCCAAAAAUGAACAGAUUUUAGAAUUGAAGGAGAAACUGGCUGAUCUUAAAAGACAUAAUGUGAAGAUCAAACAAAAAGAUGAACUGAUUUCGUUGUUGCAAAAAAGAAUUUGUUCUAACAUUGGAGAAUCAGGUGCAUUGCUUGAAGACCAAAUUAAUGAGACAACUAAUGAUUUCAAUCUAGAAGACUUUAAUUAUAACACUUUGAAUUGGCUUUCCAAUAACAAUGCUAGUCAGAUAGAAGAUGAUUUAUUUGAGGACAUUGGGAAUGAAACUAUUGACGCUUUCAAAGAUUCUACUUUAAACAAGACGGACGAUUUUCAAGUUCAAGGCUUUCCUUUGAAUUGCUUUAAAGAUGCAGAGUCAACUUACAUUUCUGAGGUAUGGGUGCCCAAUGUCGGCAGUCAUAAUGUAUUAUGUGAUGCAUUUGGUUGGACAGUGAUUCUCAAUCGAUUCAACGGUAGUGAAAAUUUUUAUAGAAAGUGGUCCGACUAUCGCAGUGGAUUUGGUGACCUAGAGGGCGAGUUCUUUAUAGGUUUGGAGAUAUUGCAUCAGAUGACAUCAUCUCAAAGUUACGACAUACGCAUCGAGCUUACGAGCUUCGACGAUUAUGUUUACCAUGCGGAUUAUAGCAAGUUUAUUAUAGGCAGUGAACAGGAGAAAUAUAGCUUGAAGUCUAUAGGAGGUCAUCAUGGCACUCUUGAAAAUGUUUUUGAGUCUAAUAUUGGACAGGAAUUCACAACUUUUGAUUCGGAUAACGAUAAGUGGGUCGAGGGAAAUUGUGCCGUGCAUUAUUCAAGUGCCGGAUGGUUCGAUAAGGUGGCCACUAUGAAUCUCUUUGGCAACUAUUUACACUCUGAAGUGAUGGAUGACCAAGGCAUAUGGUGGAAGGACAUUAAAACCUGGAAAGCUGUAAAAAUUACAAUACGCCCAGAAAAAAAGGAACGAUUUUAGUAUACUCAUAUGCAAUACUAUGACUAACAUAACCAAAGAAAAUUUAAGCUGUGUGACGCACAGCUAAUAAAUUGUAGAUAAUGUUUACUAUGAAACAACAACGUUAGUUCGUUUUUAAUAUUACUGCCAGUGUAUUAUGGUAUACCGAUAUAUGUUUUUGCGAAAAUUUAUAUGUUGACAUACACUUUUUAUUCAUCCAUACACUCUUAUCCAAUGAUUUUGUUAAAACGAGGAGUUUGCUCUUUUUCUAAUCUAAAAGAGAUAGUUGAUGUAAUUUCACUUAACAAAAAUCAUCGACAG